GACAUCCAUGGAAUAUGGAUGGCAUCCCUUCUUACAAUAGAAUUUAUUGCAGUCUUUUAUGUUAUUUGGAAACACUAAUCAGACUUUGAAUCCUCCGUCCACAAUUCAUGUGAUGCUUUUACAUUACUACAUGGUUUAACUAGUUAUUUUGAUUUCGAUAUUACUAUCACUGGAAAGCUAGCUUUCUUAUGUUAAUGCUAGUUAUCUAGUCAUUGGAUUAAGAUCAUAGUAAUGGCACUAAAAAGGAAACAAACGAAACUGCAAGUAAAAAGAGUAUUGUGAUCCUAGUCUUUUUACCGGAUUUCCACCAGGGUGAGUUUGGGUCUAGUAGUAAAAUUCUUAAUUACAGUUUACCCAGCGGCGGGGAAAGGAAGGAAGGAAGGAAGGAGGACCCUCUGCCCCGCAAGCUUUGGCAUUUCCUGCACAAGGUAUCUGGAAUUGCAUGUUGCUCGCCUGGGCCUGGCUGAGGGUCUCAAGUUCAAGCUGAAUUGCGAUUGUAAUCGUGGGUGAUGGCGGCUAAAAAGGCCUGCGAGUCUUUCUCCAAAAGCUUCAUAGAGGAGGUGCAGAAAUGGGGUUGCAUGAAGCAGACAGGGGUCAGCUUGAGGUACAUGCUGGAGUUUGGGUCCAAGCCCACCGACCGAAACUUGUUGAUUUCUGGUCAGUUUCUCCACAAGGAGCUCCCCAUUAGGAUUGCUCGGAGAGCUAUCGAGCUCGAGACCCUCCCUUAUGGCCUUUCCGAGAAACCUGCUGUCUUGAAGGUGCGAGACUGGUAUUUGGAUUCCUUCCGUGACCUAAGAUCUUUUCCUGAGAUCAAGGAUAUAAAUGAUGAGAAGGAAUUUACACAAAUGAUCAAGGCUAUCAAGGUGAGACACAACAAUGUGGUCCCUAUGAUGGCUUUGGGGGUUCAGCAGUUGAAGAAAGGCAUGGAUCCAAAGAUUGUUUAUGAGGAUCUUGAUGAGAUUCAUCAGUUUCUAGAUCGAUUUUACAUGUCAAGAAUUGGAAUUCGCAUGCUUAUUGGGCAGCAUGUGGAGUUGCAUAACCCCAAUCCUCCUCCACAUUGUGUGGGCUAUAUACAUACAAAAAUGUCUCCAGUGGAGGUGGCACAAAAUGCCAGUGAGGAUGCUCGUGCUAUUUGUUUGAGAGAGUAUGGCAGUGCACCUGAGGUUAAUAUCUACGGGGAUCCCAAAUUUACAUUCCCGUAUGUUCCAACACACUUGCAUCUUAUGGUAUUUGAGUUGGUCAAAAACUCCUUGCGUGCUGUCCAAGAGCGCUUUAUGGAUUCAGAUAAAAUUGCACCACCUGUUCGAAUAAUAGUUGCUGAGGGAAUUGAGGAUGUAACUAUAAAGGUCUCAGACGAGGGGGGUGGCAUACCGAGAAGUGGUCUUCCCAAAAUUUUCACAUACCUUUACAGCACUGCCAAAAACCCAUUGGAUGAAUACUCAGAUCUGGGAACAGCUGAUACAGUAACAAUGGCUGGAUACGGCUAUGGGCUACCUAUAAGCCGCUUGUAUGCUCGGUAUUUUGGAGGGGAUCUUCAAGUUAUCUCUAUGGAAGGAUAUGGGACUGAUGCAUAUCUUCAUUUGUCUCGUUUGGGAGAUUCACAAGAACCACUGCCAUGAUUCCAGUCUUGAGCACCAAAGUGGGGCAGAAGCAGGAAUCAUAAUUAGUUCAGGGAAACAUGGAACAAGGGAAAUUGUGAUGCAUUUCUGUCAAUUUUUAAUCCAAUAAAUUGGCAGUCGUCUUGUAUAUUCAUCAUACUUUCAUGUUCUACAUCAGUUGGUGCAACGCAAGUAGACCCUCCUUGGUGUAUAAAUUGGCAGUUGUCUAGACCGUCUUUAACUAACCACUUUUAACAUUUUCUCAGGCACCAAAAAACCAUUCUGUUA